ACUAUAUUAAGAGUUGAAGAAAGUACAAAGUAUACAGUGUCAGUGAAUUGUUGUAUUUAUUAUGUGAACCUUGAACGUUAUCCUUUUAUGUCUGUCAAAAGCUUCUGCACUGAAAUCAGUGAAACCCAAACAACACAAUCCUAAAAAGCUUACCUAUCCAACUCAAGCCAAACAAUACACAUGACUACUCUUUGCUACAUUCCUUAUGAGCCUUUAUCUCUCACUCUUCAACUUCAAUGAACUUCACCUAGUUUCAUUGUGUCUUAGGUGAUAGAUAUACCCUAAAGGUUCAUACAUGGAGAAAGGGGAAUCAUCAGCUAAUUAUGAUCCAAGUAUAUUCAAAUUGGAUGAGGCUUCUGUGACAGUUUCCUCUAAUUCUGGAAACAGUAAAGAAUCUGUGAACAAAUGGAUGGCAUUUGCUGACAAAACUGAUGAAAAUGGUACAAAAAAAGGUCCUUCUGUGUCAAAUAAUUUGAGUUUGAAGAACUCAUCAUCUUGUGAUGAUGGACAAAUUUUAACUGAAGCAACAAUAGCUGAGAGGACUGCUGAAUGGGGACUUGGUGUGAAUUCAGGCAAUUUCAAAGCAGCAAUUGAGACAACAACAAAUUCUUUAGUUGAUUCUGAUAGGAACAAAAGCAUGUCAGAUAGGUAUGUUGAUUCAACAAGGACUUCUGGUGAAUCAAAUUAUGGUUCUGAGUAUAAAUUGUCAGGGGUGUUUCCAAGAGUUUCACAAGAGUUGAAGGAAGCUUUGGCUACACUUCAACAAACAUUUGUUGUCUCAGAUGCUACUAAACCUGAUUGCCCUAUCUUGUAUGCAAGCAGUGGAUUUUUUAGUAUGACUGGUUACACUUCAAAAGAGGUUAUUGGAAGGAAUUGCCGGUUUCUUCAAGGACCUGAAACUGACAUGAAUGAAGUAGAGAAAAUUCGGGAUGCAACUAAGAAUGGUAAAAGUUACUGCGGAAGACUUUUAAACUACAAGAAAAAUGGAACACCAUUUUGGAACCUUCUCACUGUAACUCCAAUCAAGGAUGACCAUGGCAAUACUAUCAAAUUCAUUGGAAUGCAGGUUGAGGUGAGCAAGUACACAGAAGGUGUGAAUGAGAAGGAACUAAGACCAAAUGGAUUGCCAAAGUCAUUAAUUCGCUAUGACGCUCGUCAAAAGGAGAAGGCUAUGGGUUCAAUCACUGAGGUUGUUCAAACUGUUAAGGAUCCAAAAUCCACUAUUCGCAGUAUGAAUGAAGACACUGCCGCCACAAAGCAUGAAGAGCUAGAGCAACUCAAUUAUGAUUUUGCUUUGCCAAAGUCUGUUGAAUCUGAGAUUGCUAGUACACCACCACCUGGUAGAAAAUCUUCAAUGAACUUCAAAGAUGAUAAUAAUUUGUCACGCUUUAGUUCUUAUGAGGAAAGGAACAACAAGUCAUCAAGAAAAUCUGGAAUGACUUCUUUCAAAGGUGUUAAAGGGAAAUCAAUGAGUUCUGCAGUGAGAGAUAAGGAGAAGGUUAUUGUUGAACCUGAAGUUUUGAUGACAAAGGAAGUAGAGUGGGCCAAUUGGGAGCAAAGAGAGAGGGAUAUAAGGCAGGGAAUUGAUCUAGCAACCACAUUGGAGAGGAUAGAAAAGAAUUUUGUGAUUUCUGAUCCUAGACUUCCAGAUUGCCCAAUUAUAUUUGCAUCUGAUAGCUUCCUUGAGCUUACAGAGUAUACCCGAGAAGAAAUUUUGGGUCGAAACUGCCGGUUUCUUCAAGGACCAGAAACAGACCAAGCAACUGUCAAUAGGAUUAGAGAUGCUAUCAAAGAUCAAAGGGAAAUCACAGUUCAGUUGAUCAACUAUACUAAGAGUGGAAAGAAAUUCUGGAAUUUGUUUCACUUGCAACCUAUGCGUGACCAAAAGGGUGAACUUCAAUACUUCAUUGGUGUUCAAUUAGAUGGAAGUGAUCAUCUAGAACCUUUAAGAAACCGCCUCUCUGAGGGUUCUGAGAUACAAAGUGCUAAGUUGGUAAAAGCCACCGCAGAGAAUGUUGAUGAAGCUGUUCGAGAACUUCCUGAUGCAAAUUUGAGACCAGAAGAUUUGUGGUCACUUCAUUCUCAACCUGUUUUUCCAAGACCACACAAAAAGGACAAUCCUUGUUGGGUAGCUAUUCAAAAGAUAACUGCAAGAGGUGAGAAAAUUGGCUUAGAUCAUUUUGUGCCUAUAAGGCCGUUGGGUUGUGGAGAUACUGGCAGUGUUCAUUUGGUGGAACUCCGAGGUACUGGUGAACUAUAUGCAAUGAAGGCAAUGGAAAAGUCUGUAAUGCUAAAUCGUAAUAAGGUUCAUCGAGCGUGUGUUGAAAGAGAGAUUAUAUCAUUACUGGAUCAUCCUUUUCUUCCAGCACUAUACACCUCAUUUCAGACUUCUACACAUGUAUGUUUGAUUACUGACUUCUGCCCUGGAGGUGAGUUGUUUGCAUUACUUGACAGGCAGCCGAUGAAGAUUUUAAAAGAAGAUUCAGCAAGAUUCUAUGCAGCUGAAGUUGUUCUUGGUUUGGAAUAUCUCCAUUGUUUGGGUAUAAUUUAUCGUGACUUAAAGCCUGAAAAUCUCUUACUUCAGAAGGAUGGCCAUAUUGUAUUAACUGAUUUUGAUCUAUCAUUUAUUACAUCUUGUAAACCUCAGAUUGUGAAGCAGUCGUUACCUAGUAAUAGAAGAAGAUCUCGAAGUCAGCCACCGCCAAUAUUUGUCGCAGAGCCAGUUACACAAUCAAACUCAUUUGUUGGAACCGAAGAAUAUAUUGCCCCGGAAAUCAUAACCGGAGCUAGGCAUACAAGUGCUAUAGAUUGGUGGACCCUUGGUAUCUUGUUGUAUGAGAUGCUAUAUGGUCGUACACCAUUUAGAGGAAAGAAUAGACAGAAGACAUUUUCCAACAUCUUACACAAGGAUCUUACCUUUCCAAGCAGCAUCCCGGCUAGUCUUGCAGCCAGGCAGAUAAUUAAUGCAUUAUUGCAAAGAGACCCAGGCAGUCGUCUAGGUUCAACUACAGGAUCCACUGAAAUCAAACAACAUCCUUUUUUUCGUGGAAUCAAUUGGCCUUUAAUCCGCAACAUGAGUCCACCCCCUUUAGAUAUUCCUCUUCAACUGAUAGGAAAAGAUCCAACAAUAAAGGACAAGAAGUGGGAAGAUGAUGGUGUGCUAGUUAGCUCCAUUGAUAUGGAUAUUUUUUGAAGUUCAACCAAAUUCCUCAGAAUGUGAUGUUUUGCUAGGAUCAUGCUUGACUCAAGCUUCAAAACAAUCACUAUAACCGAGACAUUCAAAUGCAAGACCUUUGUCUGCUGACUUGGUUAUAAUCCAUUGCAAUAGAUAACAACUUGGAACCAAAUCUAUAUUGUACAUUGAAUAAAACCAGAUAUGUCUUUACUGUUUGAGACAUGCUUCCUAGUUUAUUAUGUUCAUGGUCGAUACAUCGAUACUGUAUUUUUGUAAAUGGCUUAAAAUCGUAAUUGAGUGUAGCAUGAGGAGAACUAAUUAUAGCAUGUAAACGCAUAUGUUGCAGCAUUGUCAAAGGUUGUUUUAGCAUUUGUCAACCUACACCAAUGCAUAUGGAAAAAAACUCAGUCAUUGAUUCAAGUUUUUGUUUAUAUUGUA